UUGCAUUGCUCUGGCACCAGUAGCUAGAGCUGUGCAUUCAUUUAAUUUGCCCCAAGGUAGUUGCUACUGAUUUGGUUCAAACUUGGUGUUGCAGCCUGCAUACUGAGGCAAUCUCAGUUACACCAGUUCCUUGAAGGAUUGACUAUUCCAGUGUGGUUUUCUGCCUCAUGUCCUUCUCGUUUAACUGUAUUAGUCUGUUUAAUGGUGCCAGAAGGCCACAUAUUUGCUCUCUGUGAAGCCUCAAACAGUAGAUGCAUGCUUUUAAAUAGUUAAAUAAACGUUAAUUAUGAUUCACAAAUAGUUUUUCCCCAACUAUUAAGUAAUAUCAAACACUGAAUUUUUCAGUCAGUAAUUGUUUUUCCAGCUGCUAAGUGGGACGAAGUAUUCAAUAUUUUUACAGAGUUAUUUUUGCAGCUGCUUGGCUGCUUUAAGGAUAAAAGUCCUAGGUUAUUUUGUAGGGCUUGACAGCUUUGGAUGCGCAGUGGGCACAAAAAGCCUGUGGUGGGAGCAGAAUGAUUACAGUCUUCUGAUGCACCUUGGUUAGCUGUGGAUAGUUUGGGCUGCAUCCAGAUAAGCUGAAAAUAGCAUAUUGGGCACUUUCAAAAGUUUGUGGUUUUGCAACAUUUUCUCACAAAAAUGUGAAGUCUUUUUCUUUCUCACCAUGUGAGUUAUUACACAUGUGGAAAUUAGUUAUUUUUUCCUUUUCAAGAUCUUGAGACAUUCUGUGAGGGAUUCAGCCAGAAUGAAUUAUUUCAUGAAAUAGUGGUUUGACUCGUUGCGCCUCCUUGCAAAUAGUAUACUACCAAAGGAUUUUGUCUUAGAAGUGCAUAUUAUGUGCUUUACACAGAAAGAUCUUAAACAAUGUUAAAAUAUCAAUUAAACCACAAGUCAUGGUGAUAGUGAAAGAGUCAUUGUUUUUACCCACCGUGACGACUACCCUGGCAGUGAGCACAUGGCUCACAUUUUCCCAGUGAUUCAUUAGCCAAGCCAGUAAAACAUCCUAGGCAGUCUGAAGCUGUGGCUUACUGGUAGCUGUUCUUCAGAUGAUUGCUCAUGUCGACAUGAUGCAUAGCAGUGUCAGAACAUUCACUUUGGAACUUACCUUUUUUGUGCAUCUCUUUUCUCUGGUUUUCCCACCAGAUCUGCUCUGCUGCCUCACAGUACUGCUGUUCACAUAAGCAGUUGCUGUAACUCUGUGAAGCUACAAAGAAGAAUCACCUUCUAAAUAUCACUGGUGGGUUUUGAUGAAGCCACAAUCAUGAGCACAAGGUGCACAAAGGAUACAACACUGAGCGCCAGGGAGAGGACGCUUAGCACUGAGCACUAGGGAGAGGAUGAUGUUGGUAGGGGAGAAGACCAAACUGUGAAGGGUAAAUUCUGUUUGAUGUUCAAUUGUGUUGGUUUUUUAAGCCAAAACAGAAAAGAAGCAGGAUCAAAAGCCUUCACAAAGCAGAAGUGUGAGUGUAAUGAAACGUAGUGACUAGACAAAAUAAAAACACCAAAAAAAAAAAAGUUCAUUGUAAAACCCACCAAACUUAAAUUUCAAAGUCCCAGAAGAAGAGGUGAUCUGUCAGCCACCCAGCUUGGACUGGGCACCCAACUGGAACUCAUGGUCUGGGUUCAGUUCCCUGCCUCAGUCACAGGUUUCCUGUGUGUUCUCAGGCAACCUCCUUCACCUGCCCCAUGACUGACUUCCUCAUUUGUGCAGUGGAGAUCAUCUUCUUCAGGUUCAUUGUGAGAACAAAGCCUAUUGAUGUUGCUGAAAGAUGUGGAUGUUGCGAUGGGAAGAGCCACCCUGGAGACCAGCGCAAAAGGGGUGUGCUUCCUCACAGGGGAUAGAUAGUCACCAUGCUGCUCGUAUUUCUGUGUUAAAGAGUAAAGGAAAUUAUUUCCAAAUCUCAAAAGGGUUGAUUUUCUUCUUUCCAAGUCUUCCAGGCCUACUUUUCUUGUGGAGUUUGGCUGCCCCAGUGCAGCAGCAGGCAUUUGGAAUAUUCCCUGUCUCUCACCUUUCCCGUCUCAGUCUGUCUGCUUAUGUCUUUGAAUCACUCCUGUCUGCUCAAUACACGCGCCCGGCACAACCCAAUGGGAUCAGAAACACAGCUUCUGUCAUCUCCCAACUUACGUGGAGAUCUCCUAGCAUGUAAAUAUGGUUGUUUGUAAGAAAGAAACUGAAGAGUGCUUGAGGCUGGUUGGAGAGGUACCAAGAGUGAGCCUAGCAGCUGAGGAAGGUGGUGUGAGCCAGUGGAAUGUCACACUCAUGGACUCCUGCCAAGGUGUGCACUGGCACAGUGUGGCUGCUAAGGAUGCACACAUAGCCCAUCACCACCACUGGUCUUCAGCCCCUCUGCUCCUCCACUCAGUCCCUGAUAAGCAAAAAUAUUAAUUUAAGGGGUUUUUAUAUGAUCUCCCUCAGUGCUGAGGCUAAUUCUGAGUAAGGAAUGAGAAAUGACAAGUCACAUGCCUUUUGGUGUGCCCUUCUAUCUCCUUUGGGUCGGUAGUUAAACUUUUAAGUGUGAGGACUUCUCAGUACACGAAAACCGAUGUCUUGUUCCUUCCAAGGCUAGUCAGCUCAGAGUUCCUUGCCAUGAGCAAACACAGAUGAUUUAAGAUGUAGUGCUGUUGACACUAGAUAUCCUCUCUGUGCCUGCAGUGCUUGUCCCUUUUCCCAUCUGGUGAAACUGGAAAUUCAGUUUGCUUGCAGCUCUUAAGGACUAGUUCCUGAAAGUGCGACUGCUUAGUUGUCCAUUGCUGUUUCAACCCCUCACCCAAGCUACAAAUAAUGAAUUAUUGAGCUAAUUUAGUUUUAUACAGAAGUGAUCUUCAUCUUGCAGAUCAGGAAGGCUAUUUAACGCAGUGUAAUUGACUUCAGCUGUAAGAUUCAAUGCACUUAUGUAGGAUUACAGUUCAAUAAAAUCUAAUUGUGCUGAGAGCAACAGGAAUUACAGAAACACCUGGAGAUUGUUUUGUGCCUUUCCUGUGAACAAGGUGUGCUGAAUGUCUUCUGGUCCUUAUGGUUUGGGUCAUACUGCUGUUUGACCUGCCUGUUGGUGGGAACAGCCUAAGGUGACAUCAUUUGGUGUGGGGAGCUGAAGCCAAGCAGGUGAAAUGAUGGGUGGCCUUCUUCAGUGAGCUCUCAUUUCUGUGUGCCUGGCCAGAGUCAGGCUGGGGGAGUGGGAAGUAAGCAAUGUCUGGUUUCAUUAUGAUGGUGAUGAUAAUAGGAUCCAUGAGGUAUGUGAGAUUAAAAGCCCUAUAACAUUGCAGGCAAAGUCAUCCACAGAGGACGAGGUCUGAAAUCAGCUCAGUGCCUAAACAUCCUUUUGUCUUGCCUCAUCCAGUGUAGAAAUAAGUAAGGGAAAACAAGUAUUUAUUCAGUAUUUCCUCUCACUAUUUACAAAGUAGGAACCUGUGUAAAGCCAAUUGCUACCUGGAAACAUUUGCUGGCCAUCAUGCAUUGGCUUUAUGACUGUGUGCUGCAAUUGUAGAGAGCCUUUUUUUUCCCAGGUAUUAAUGAGCUUUUCAUCAGCCACUCUGAAUAAAUGGGAAAGCAUUAGAUUGAAUUUUUCACUUGCAGAGCUUCAGGGAAAAGUACAGACUUUUUAGUGGGAUGAGGACACUGGCACAGGUAGUGAGUAAUUUGGGAUGAUGGUGGAGCCGACGGUGUGGCAAGCAUCCUUGUGACAUAUAUGAGGUGCAAGCUUUGUUAUUCUCUUAUAGAGAGACAUCCCAAACAUCAAUCCUUGGGCCAAACAUAAGGUUUUGUAAUUAGGAGUGCUUACCUAACACCAUGCUUAUUUUCUCCAUUAUUUCUCUCAGUUAUUAAUUAUCCUGUUGCAAGCAGGAAAGGAAAAAUGUAUUUUCAGACCAAAAUAGCAGAUUUGGCUAGUUCCAGUACUCUGACUUCAUGAGCAAUAAAAUACAUAAUAUUGCUUGCUACAGCACAUGCCGUACUAAUCAUUCUCUGUGCAACUGCCUACUUUUUACAUAAUUUUAAGAAAAUGCCAGGACUAUGAGGUGUAAUAAAACAAGAUAAUAAUGGCAGAACAGGUAGGUUUUGUCAUACAAGUCAAAAACAAAAAAAAAAGACCUCCAUCUCCAAAAGCCAUGAGAAUUGUAGAAAGCGGCCCUUUUCGCCUGACAGAAUUAACCUGUAACUACUGAGUGCAGAGGACAUCUUUCUUACAGGAACAAGCACUGAGAAUGGAUCAUGCAGGAUGUCCCUGAAGCUGCUGUAGUCACAUUUUAAGAGCAGAGAGACUGAAAAGAAAAUAAUUUUUUUUCUGGUUAUGGAGUUGGCUUUGCUUGUGGCUAAUGAUUGCUGAUUCUUACUAUUGCUUUGGGUGAUCGUUAACUGGGAUGGUGAAAAUACUGAUGUUAAACUUCUGUUUUCAGGUGACAUGAAACUAAAGAAGAAAUUCAUGUCAUGCCUAAGGUUUCAGUUUGAGUUGAGCUGUCAGGGAGAACUAGAUAGACAUUUGAACACAGUCUUUGCUGUUUUGGUUAACUUUAUGAGGUGAUAAACUCUAUUUCGCUUUGUUUCCCACGCCUUUAUUUUUUAAUCGGGACAUUCAAGAGUUGGUGCAAAAUUUACUUACAAGCAAAUACAGGGGCACUUCAAAAUGUGUCCACUUUGCAUGCAUCAAAGUAUUAAUGUAAGCUUGUGCACGACCUGCUGGUAUGCAGCAGCAGACGGCAAAUGGUUUGUUAGUAUUGGCAGUGCUCUCACAAAGCCAAAUACAAUUCUUACGUUUGCUGGCUUGACAGUCCAAAGUGCUUUUCAUUCCUAACAAUUUUUUUUCUGCUUCCUCUCUCUUCAUAUUGCCACCCUUGGACCUCAGAGUAGUAAAAUGAAACUUCAAAGAGUCUAUGAAAGUUACAGUUGAAAACGUGUUAUCUUAGUUCAGGCAGAUGAAACCAGUGCUAAGUCCGGUCUCUUCUCAAAUCUGGCCAAAAUAGUGUUUCACCUACAUUUGGAGAGUGUGACAGUCCAUUUCUCUCUAAAAUAGCUGAAGUUUAUCAAAGUGUUGUUCAGAAAAAUACAAGAUUUCCUAAGAUGUUGCAAGGUUGAUGAUACUCAUUGGAUUCUGUGCUGAGCAGAGCUGAAUCUAUAUGCUUCUGGACAUUAUUUUUCAAACAUGGUUGAGAUUUGAGAUCUUGUUUAGUAUUGUCAUAGGUUUGUUUCAUAUGUGUAGCUAUGCAGUAAUUUCUUACUUCAAAGAAAUUGCUUGCCUGAAGAAUUUUUUAAAGCAAGACUUUCAUUUAAAUCCAGUUCCACUUCAUUCAAAAGAGUAUGAUUUUUGCAGAUGUGUCUGAUAUUAGUUUCACGAUCAACUAUCUACCACAGUUAGGGAAAUAAAAUCUAAUGUCAUCUUCAGCCAGUAGAUUGUUUCCUUUUCCCUUUUUAUGACAUUUGUUUUAUCAUUUCUUCUCCUCCACAGCUUUGGAUUUUGUCUGUCUUCUUGUUUUAAAAUCUGCUGUUGUAUUACUCUCAGUACCCAGCAUUUAGAUGGGUCCUCUUCCAUCUUCUCCAAAGCAUAUCAAGGUUCUCCUCCUAUCUCAUGCCUUGUAUUUAAGAAUUAGUGGCAUGAUGUGUAAUCCAUGAGUUAAUGAUACAUGCUGAGAGCUGUGCCUCCAGCAGUGCUGGUGAUAUACUCCAGAUGCUGGUAGGUGCUCAGUCUAUGGCACUGGGCUGGAGUUACUGCCAGAUAAAAUACAAAAAUUGGGCAUCAUAUCAGCAACAUGGUUCCAGUGGAGUAGUUUAGGUCUAAGGGUAAAAGCUAAUAUAGACAUGACCAUUAAUUUCUCACCCCUCCAAGGGCAUACUUCUAAUUAAGACCAUGUAUACACUAUUGAAUGCUUCCAGUACUGUCCCCUUAAUCUAUAAAUUAUUGGUCCAUUUAAAAGAGCUCAGCAUGCAGCCCCAGCUAAGACACCUGACUGGUACCCAUUGAUCCUGGUCCUCCUGCCACAGUCAUCUCUUCUUCAUUUACUUGCUAAUGGAGUAGCCUGCUCUUCUUGUUACAGUCUCACAUCAUUUCUCUAAUUGGCUUAUUUUUUCUUUUGUCGUAAUGAUUUUGCUAUUCCGGGGCAGAUUCCCUGGCAGAGGACUCAGAGUAUAUCCAUCUAACACCACCCUUAUCCUAGUGGUAGUAGCAACCACUCUGCUUUGUGUCACCUUGUCUUCAGAAAACACCGCUAGAGGCAGUUGCAACCCCACUUGAUCUUUCCCUAUGUAGAAGAUGUGAAAAUACCUAAUGAAUCAUUCUGGGGAGGUGUGACCUGCGGGAUGCAGACACGUGGGAGUGUUUAUUUGUUGCAGGCAUCAGAAGGGGAAUCACUCUGUUAUCCGAGUACCCAUGUCAAAAGGUGGGAAAUCAGCAUGCUCUGAAGUUUCACUAUACCUUGAUUCUUCUCCUAUCUGUCUCUUCCUGGAAGGUAGUUAAUUUUGGAAACAUGCACAAAGAGGAGAAAAGCAGCAGGUAAAUUCUCAGGAUUUCCUUUGGGAGAGAGAUCCCGCAGGGGAAGGAGGGAACUCUUUUAAUAAUCUUUGCAGCAUUUAAUCCCAAGAAAGUGAAAUAAAAUCAACGCUUCCACUGAGACUUGGCAGCGUGUAUUUCUGUAACAAGACCGGUUCUUUGUAGUACAGUCUGAUUAAGACUGUAUCGAGUUGAUUGAGGAGAGCAAAAUCUGGUUUUGACAGAUGUUUCCCAUGAUCUGAAGAAUACAAACACUCCUGCAAGAUGACAGACGGCUUGUUUACAUAAGAAAUCCUUUUUUUUUUUUUUUAAUUAAAAAAAAACCCCAACAAAAACACACAAACACAAAGCAACGUUUGGAUCAGUCAUUCUGAUCAAGGCAGUGUCAAUUAUUAGGCUGUAAAGGGAACUGAUGACUCAACUUAGGCACAGCAUUGCGGCGAUCUCCGAUUUUCGGUUUCAUAACAGAUUCUUUUCAGGAAUGCUUUUCAUUCAUACCUGAUGUUUAAAUAUGUCUCUGGGAGCGUGUAUCACUUUGUGAUGGGGAUGUGAGAGACUGGUGUCAGCGUGCUCCGAGUGGCUGGGCAGAAUUUGGAAGGCAUUCCUGUACCUUGGUGGGAUGCCCGGUGGGAGAAGGGUCCUCUGACACAUCGCAUUGUGCACUCGUACCUGCACAUCGCCAGUGUUGUUACCAUGGUAAAUUUUAUAGAUAAGUUCACAUCAGUAAAAUUGAAAAGCACUUUGAUUCAGAAAGUGAAAUGUUUUGAUGAGAUCCCAUGCUUAGUAAUUCCAGCGAGUGCGCUUGUUAAAGCAGGUGAGUCAGAAAUGGAAAUGCAAAGCAUUUCUCUGAACGGUGGCCGGAAAUUAGCUUUGAAAACUGAAACAAAGCCCCAACCGCAGUUUUAUCUAUUUACCUAACAAUUUUAGAUCUGUGAAAAUCCCUUUGUCUUUGGGAUACAUUUCGAUUCCUCUCUUGUAGUGCUGGUGCGAUCCUUAAGCUGGAUAAUCAACCAUGUGAGGACUAUCUUGGUGUGCCUGACUUUUUUUGGUUUAAAAAAUUGAGAGUCCUUUUAGUGGCUUCAUUGCCUCUGGUGCUGCCAUAUUCUGUCAUGGCUUGUGGUGCAAUUUGGUGGAAAUGUAAGGCAGAAUAGGAUGUUGUAUUAUUUGCGUUAAUGUAACACUGAGAAAAAAUAGGGGAAUUGAGUGGAGUCACUCAGCUGCUUAUUACUCAAUGCAUAAGUUGUGUGUGUAUAUAUAUAUCUAUAUAUGUAUUUAUGUAUGUCUAUAUAUAGCACACGGGGCUAUCUGACUGUUCUGGCACAAAAAAACUCCUGGGUUUGGGGCUGGCUGCUAAACAGAUUAGGAUGGAGAGGCUUCGGUGGUCACAAGCCUCUGUCAGGACGCAGCCCUCUGUCUGUAGGGAGAGGGCAGAAGGGGGUCAUGAUCAUUUUCAUGCUACUAGUGGUUGUCUUGCUGCAAAAAAUCUUAAAAAUCAGCAUACUGAGUGAUAGCAACAUUCUUUUCCUCAUCCUGCACCUUUCUUCUCUGCUGAUAUCUUGGUACCUCUUGCUUAUCCUUGCUGGAAGCUUUGGACUUGUCACUCAGCCUCAGGCAGCAUAAGGACUGGCUGCUUUUCUGGCAGCUGUAGUGUGGUCUGAGGCCCAUCAAUGUAAAUCGUGAUGUAGGAGGACAAAGUAAUAGAUGUGUUUAAGGGACUUGCAAUUCCCACGGCAAGGCUGGUAAAGUAGAGCUCAUUUCAAAGAGCAGGCGGUUUGGUGAUUUUUCUUAAUUACUGUUUACCUAAAUAAAUAAAUAAUGCAUAUUCAUGGCUUUAACUAGAGUAAGUUGUGUUGAAAUGUUUACCUCUCCCGGGGAUAGUUAUUAAGGGUGGGGUGUGGGGUGCAGCAAUUAAUAAUAAAACAUUUAGAUAAGAUUACAGAAUGUUCUGAUUGGAAUAGUAAACAUUAUGCUAGAAAUAAAAGCAAAUAAAUGAAGCUGUCUUGAAUUUAAAAAAAAAGAAAUACUAUGCUAUCUGAAGAAAGACGCUGAACAGAAGCAGUUUGGGUGAAGAGGCCCUGCCCUUGGAGCUCUUCAAUAUCACAGGGAGGCUUCUUCCAUGUAAAAAGCACCCCUAUGGAAGAAAGCCCCUCAUUUUGAGUCUGGAAAAAAGAUGAUACAAAUAUUAGCAUCCACACAGAUUAGUGUGGCAGAUGUAACACCUGUCAGCACCACUUUGUGGCUAGGGUCCAUUUAUUCUUUAACCAUGCAAUGGAGAAUAUUUCACCUGCUUAUAUCAGUAGUAAAUAAAACCUUCAUUUGCAUUGUGAACCUCCUCCCUCCUUAUUUUGCACAUUCCUUUGAAUGAAAAUCUUUGCUCAGCUGAGAGUUUGAAAUUUGGACUUAUCCUUUCAUAUCUUUUGGCUGUGGUUCCUUAUCUGGUUAAUCAGAUCAAAGAGAGCCAGUGAUGUGUUCAAAGAUUCUUGUGACAGCUGUGUACCAUUAGGCUGAAUGAUUAAAAAAACCCCAUAAUUGUAGUUUAGCGCAGUAAAUUCAGAUUGUUCUUUCAGUUUAACAUACGGUUGCAGACAAACUGAGCCUUUGACAAAAGACCUGCUGCUUUAACCCCAUGCUGACAAAGCUGGUUUGCCCCCAGCCCCACCUGCCUCCAGCUGUUUUGGGUCAACUGAGGAGUGUGAUUGAGCAAUGGGUGUAUCUGUCCUGUUGCACUAGAUUGGCAAUGAAAAAGACAACAGGGGAUGGGCAGAAAGUAGGUAGGGAGCACCAAGGUAACCUGUGGGGACCAUUAGCCUCAAAGCUUCUUGUGCAGCUGGGGCGGGCUCUCUUUUCUCAUCAAGCUAUCCCUUUGCAGGCUACUGUCCUUUCUGGGCUGUUUCCUAACUUGGGCAUCUUUUGGGGAUGAUGGCUUCCAGACCUCCUCAUCUAGGCCAAAUUGUCCCCUCUAAAGUAGCUUCACAAGUGCUAGGAUGCUUGCUGGCACCUAGCACACCCAGCAUGCUGCUGGCACGUCUCCUGGACUCCCUAUCAUCUAGAAACCGAAAAGUGGUGGCUGGAAGUGCGGUCUGACUGCUAGCUGUGCUGGAGUCUUUGCUUGUGUCAAUCACUAGUGCAAGUCCCUGGCUGUUCUCUGAAACAGAGCAAGACAUCGAGGAACAAGCACUGGUGGAUGGGCUGUCUUGUUCACAGCACAGGUGGAGGGAAUGUCCCAUUGACUUUGGUGCUUGUGGGGCAUCUUCACAGCUGUUUUUUUCUGGCUGAUAAAUUUCCCUCAACCACAUUUUGCUUCUCACCUCAAUGGAUAAACCUUUUCCCUGACCCAUCUGCCUGCUCUACAGGAUCUGUGAGUGGUGUCUGUAUCCCAGAAGAUAAGGGUGUUAAUGGUGGCACAAAGUGUCCUGUUGGUCCAUCUCCCCUCUGGCAGAGGGGUGUGGUUUAAUAAACAUGGUUCAUUUCCCCAUUGGAAGAAUCAUUCUGGGCUACAGACAAGAUUUCUCUGGAAAUACCCAUUUCCAUCUUCACCUUUUUUUCCUAAGGGUUUUGGGAAGUUCCAGCUGCAUGCCUUCUGGCAAAGCCAGCAGCAGCAAGGCUGCCAGAGCCUCGUGCUGGGUUUUGCAGGUUGAGAACAUGUUGCACACACGGAGUGCACAGCACAGUAAACCUGGUAUCAGCUCGCAACUAAUUAUCUCUGUAUAAAAAUUCCCCUGCUCGCCGUUUUGCCGUUAGAGGCUCGCUGGUAAGAUUUAUGACUCUGGCUAAAAUGAAGUACCAUUUCCUUUUUCUCAACAUUACUGUGCGUGGCCUCUCUGGCUUUUCUUGUUAAAAAAGACCUGAGUUCACCCAAGAGGGAACAUAUUUUUGAACCUCUUUCCCAUCACUAUUCUCCCUUUCUCUUUUUUAUAUUUUUAACAACCACUGAAGAUCACCCACAAAGCAAUUUCAUGUCUUUUGACUUUCCCCUGCUUGGAGUGAGGGGUGGAGACAGAGAAGAUAAGAGGCAGCUCCUUCAUGGGAGAUGCAGCAUUUGCUCACUUUCAGCCCUACCACAGCUUGCACAGGCAAGAUGUGUACAUCCAUCAACAUGGGUUCCCUCUUCAUGGUUUGGUGAGCAACUAUUGCAUCCAGGAUUUACAUGAACUAAAGGAUAAUUUCCUCACUUCAUGCUGUAACAUGGGGGACCACCUGUACAGCUGGAGAAAAAACUGUAUCUCCUGCCCUUAUGUUGCACAUGUAUGUCCUCAUUUGACAGGAUGAUGAAAAUGAGACCACUGACUGAACUUUCUGAAUUUGCAAAUGACUUAAUCCUAAGUCACCUUAAAAUUAGUUUGUGUGACACUGUAAGGCAGUUGGGAUUUUUUUCUGAGUACAGGGGGAAAAAAGGAGCAAUGUUGAGCUGCUGCCAUCUCUUCCCAGUUGCAGUUAGACGUAGUUAUUUUUGUAUUAGAGCUUGGAGGAAAACCGGUAGAGAUGCCAGAUAAACCUCCCCAAAACAAACAUUUGUGUUAAUACUUAAAUAUUGUUCAUCUUUCACAGCAUUUACUUAUCUGUUUCCCACAUGCUGAACCUUAUGGGAAGUUUUUGUGGUUGAUUGUGGCCUGUUCUUUCAUUCUAUAUGUUAACUGUUUUCUCAAUUUGGAAUUUUUAAAAGAAAUCAGCAGUAAAAGUCUGACUGUGAUAAUCAUUCAACGUGGGAACAUCUUUUUGGCAUGGCAGGGGUGUGUUUUUGUGGGUGACAUGUGUUGGGUCAGGAGUCUUGAAGCAUUAACCCAGUGAGCUGUGUCAUUUCGUGAUAACCUGGGAAGCAUUCUCAUCCAAGAGAACAAGCACUGGCUAGUCUGGUAUCAUCUUCCAACAUGCCAGACUAAGGGACAGCAGUUUCAUCCUCAUCACUGAGGAUGCAUCUCAUUUUCUCCUGUUUGCAUGUGUGAACCAUAAUUUCCAGCCCUUAAGGGGAAAUAAGCUAGGUGUCUGAGUUUUCAUCAGAUCUGACACAAAGUAUUAGGUUGUGGCUUUUGCUGUCUAUUGGUUUUACUGCAUAGGACAUAAAUAUUCAAGUCGUGUCAUCUGAUAAGGUUGCUGGGGAGGGGGUUUUUCUCACAAAAUAUAUUAACUUUCCUUUCACACCUAGCCAUUCUUUCAUGAGUCAUAACCCCAAGAUAAAAUAUUUUCGAUGGUGGCUUUAAGUCAAGUAUAUUCCAAUGAGAAAAUCGCUCAGGUUUUACAUUAGAAGAUUUACAAGUUCCUGUGGCAGUAGUCUUGAACUGCAGCCUUAUGCCUUCUAGCCCUGCCUAGUUGAUGUGUCACAGACCUAACUGCAACCAGAGGACAAGGAAGGGUGGAAAAUUCUCCCUAUGCACAUUCCCCAGCUUCUCUAAAGGUUUUCUGUUUAAACCUGGUUGGUUUUGUUAGGUGUAGCUGGUGAAAAUCCAGUUUUCAGACUCUGGAGCGCUCCAGGGCAGCAACAGCUGCCUUCCCCUGCAACCAGUCAGCCAGCAAUGGUUGUCUUGAAGGUUCUCCUGCUGACUUCAGUCACAGUUUCUAGCUAGGAUGGUUCCUGACACUGUUUUGCCAUUAUCUGAGGGAAUAGCUCAAUCUCAUCUCCUCUGACUGCUGACACAGCUCACCCAGAUAGGGACAUACUGCAGAGCUGGUCCUCGCAGCCCUGGGAUGGUGGGUACCUCCCUGUUUGUGGUCCACACCUCCUUGGUUGUGUUGGUUUUCUGCAUCCCACCUCUGGACACUGGGAAAGAAGCUGCUGUGCCCUUCUGAUUCCUGUUUUGACUGCUCCUGGUUAAACAGUGCCCAUGGGAACAAGCAGGAGUGAUAGAUGGGCAUGUUCUUUUCCUUUGGAAGAACUAUACAGGUUAUUAUGAGGAAAUUAGGUGCACUGAGGGUGAAGCAGAUCAUGUCUAGUUUGUGACAUAGGUAUCGAUAUCAUCUUGGGUUUAAUUUACAGAUUUCAGGGAGAGAUCAUGCAUUAGAUGUCAGGAGCACUGCAAAUGCCUUCUCAGCCUCAGGCGACCCUUCAAGCUACAAAUGUUCCAAUGGAGCUACUUCAACCAGAAAGAAAUUACACGCAAAAAUGUUGCUCCAACUGAGUUGCCAGAACACUGCCCCACAGAACUUUGGAGGGUCACUUCUUAAUGGAUUGCUGCAGCCUCUUAAUUUCUCCAUUGAUCCUGUUCCCUGCAUCGUGAGAACAUUUUAGCCAGCACAGAACCUAGAAAAGUUACAUGGUGUGAACGGCAUGUCUGUGGAUGAGAAGACUGACUCCCCCAUGUAUGUGUAUGAGUCAACGGUGCACUGUACCAAUAUUCUCCUCUGCUUAAAUGACCAGCGGAAGCAGGACAUUCUCUGUGACGUGACGCUGAUCGUGGAGGGGAAGGAGUUCCGCGCCCACCGGGCUGUGCUGGCUGCCUGCAGCGAGUACUUCUUGCAGGCCUUGGUUGGGCAGACGGAAAAUGACCUGGUGGUCAGCCUGCCAGAAGAGGUCACUGUCAGGGGAUUUGGUCCAUUGUUACAGUUCGCCUACACUGCUAAGCUGUUACUCAGCAGAGAAAACAUCCAGGAGGUCAUCCACUGCGCUGAGUUCCUGCGCAUGCACAACCUGGAGGACUCCUGCUUCAGCUUCCUUCAGACACAACUGCUGAACAACGAAGAUGGCCUGUUCCUGUGCAAAAAAGAUACCACCUGUCAGCGCAUGCACGAUGAGGAGAACUCCGAUGGAGAUGAGGAGGAGACGAUGGAAUCGGAGACGUCAAAAAUAUCUUGCCCAAGGGAGAGGAUGCACCAAGAACCCUUCAAUUUUGAAACCACUGUUGCUGGAGCAGACAAAGGCGAAGGGAUGCUGCCUGACUCUGACAUGCUGAGAGAUAGCAAGGACAGUUUGGAUAAAGAUGCAGUAACACGGUACCCCAGAUACAAGAAAUACCAGCUUGCUUGUACCAAGAAUGUCUACAACACAUCACACAUCAGUACCUCAGGUUUUGCAAGCACAUUCAAUGAAGAGAGCUCUGGAAAUGGCCUCAAAUCGGGACUUGCUAUGGGGCAGAUAAAAAGUGAGCCUCAGAAUGAAGAGAACGAUGAAGAAAGCAUCACACUUUGCCUGUCUGGAGAUGAACCUGACAUCAGGGAUAAAGAAGGGGAUGUUGAAAUGGACAGGAAACAGCCAAGCCUCACUUGUGUCGACAGGCCAAAAAGUGGGUCUUCUCCUUCUUGCUUGCGGUCUUUCUUCAACAGAACAAAAAGCAUAGAUUUGGUUGGCUUCCCCAGCACUUCCCAACAGCACUUUGGCAGGAGUCCAGCAUGCCCUUUUGAAAAAGGGACAACUCAGGGUGACCAUAAAACUGAUUAUGUCCCUUUCACAGGGAACUAUGGACAGUCCCAUGCCAUGCAGAAGGAUGCUUCCAACUUCACAGUGGGAUCACCACUCAGGGGGCCCGGCUUUGAAACUCUCUGUAAGCAAGAAGGGGAACUGGACAGGAGGAGUGUUAUAUUCUCUUCAAAUGCUUGUGACCAAGUAAACACUUCGGUGCAUUCAUAUUCUGGUGUGAGCAGCUUGGACAAAGACCUCACAGAGCCUGUGCCAAAGGGUCUGUGGGCUGGCGGUAGCCAGUCUCUCCCCAGCUCCCAGACCUAUUCGCACAGCGGGCUGACAGCUGAUCACUUGCCGGGACGGAUGCGGCCGAACACCAGCUGUCCGGUGCCAAUUAAAGUUUGCCCUCGCUCUCCUCCUCUGGAAACCAGAACCAGGACCUCCAGCUCGUGCUCUUCCUACUCGUACGCAGAGGACGGCAGCGGCGGCUCUCCCUGCAGCCUGCGUCUUUGCGAGCUCUCCUCUUCCCCUUGCUCCCAAGGCCCCCGAUUCCUGGCGCCCGAGCACCAGGAGCCCGGCGUGGUGGGGGAUGGAUUGUACAACCCGGUCCGAGCCCAGAUUAAAUGUGAGCCAUCCUAUGGAACAAACUCCAGCGAUGAGUCUGGGUCAUUCUCAGAAGCAGACAGUGAAUCAUGUCCUGUGCAAGACAGAGGGCAUGAGGUGAAACUUCCUUUUCCUGUUGAUCAAAUCACAGAUCUUCCAAGGAAUGAUUUCCAGAUGAUGAUAAAGAUGCACAAGCUAACCUCAGAGCAGCUCGAGUUCAUCCACGAUGUCCGCCGGCGCAGCAAGAACCGGAUUGCAGCUCAGCGCUGCCGCAAGAGGAAACUGGACUGUAUUCAGAACCUCGAAUGUGAAAUCCGCAAGUUGGUGUGUGAGAAAGAGAAAUUGCUCUCAGAAAGGAACCAGCUGAAAGCAAGCAUGGGAGAAUUGCUAGACAACUUCUCUUGUCUUUCCCAAGAAGUGUGUAGAGACAUGCAGAGCCCGGAACAGAUCCAAGCCCUCCACCGAUACUGCCCUGUUCUCAGACCCAUGGAUCUCCAGCCAGUCACCACCAUCAGCCCCGCCCCAGCUGGUGUGGAGCAGAGCCUGGUGACCUCCCAGUGCGUCGGGGAGAGCAUGCAGUGCUGCUCGGAGCAAGGCUCAGUGCAGCUGGGAGCACCCUGGCUGCCCAACAACAUCUCAGAAAAUUGUUCGGCUGGCGCGGGAUUGGAUGGAGCCGACGCAGGUACUUACCCCGAGAGAGAGCUUCCACCAGAGCAGAGCAGCCAGACGGUCACGGUAGACUUCUGUCAGGAAAUGACUGAUAAAUGUACAACAGAUGAACAACCCAGGAAAGAUUACACCUAGUGACUCGUAACCUUAACGUUACACCUGGUCAGGUGUUCUUCAGUCAGCCAGUGGCAGUGUUCAUUUGUUGUCUAGAAGAACGUAUUUGGUGCACACUACAGUGGUCUUAGCAGCAAUACUGUUUUUAAGUAUUCCCUCCUCUCUACAAGCAGGAGUUCUCUUCACAAUGGUGCUAUCCCUUGCUCAGGCAGGGAACGAAGCAGUGGCAACACUGUCUGUUUUUGUAUGUUGAUUUCAAUCUUAACAGGGAUGGACAUAACACCUCUGAGGACCCAACCGCAGCUUUUUUCUCAGUGGCCCAUGUCACAAAACCCUAACUCAGGAAUUUCCUCUGAAUGUUCAAUUUUUCAUUGAAGACAGCUUCUUUACACAUCAAAGUUUUAUAGCUAAACUGUACAUAUUAUAUAUAAUAUAUAUAAAAUAUAUAUAUCCAUAUGCAAGAGUCCCUGCAUGCCUCAAUUUUCUCAUCCUACAAACUGGAAGCUUUCAUUUCUAUUGUACAAACAAGUUCCAACAUUCCUUUUUGUCUUUGAUGCUAGAACUAGUUUGGUAACUUGUUACACGAUAAUUUUUUCCUCAGUUCGCAGUUCAGCAAUAGCAUUCAAUUUGUACUUAUUUAUAAAACUUUAAUGUCGGAAACUUAUUUGAGAUUUUAUUAUAGACAAUUUUUUUUUGGCACAGCCAUUUCGUGCCACUUGAGCAAUGUGGAGUUAUUUUAUUUUCUUGCAGAUACUGUACAGUAAUGGUCAACUUUGCCACUUGCACUGAGUUUCUGGUCAAACCUCUUUUCAUAAAUGAAGUCAUGACUUCAGAAUAACUUGAGUAUAUGGUUUUCUUUGCUUUAUGGCUUAAAGGAAAUAGAAAAUUUUUAUCUAAUAGACAAACACUCAGGAGCUCAUUAUGUAGUAAAAACAGUCUUGCCAAAUACUGAAUUCACUAUACAAUUUGUAAAGAGAAUCUGCUUGAAUUAUUUUUAUAUUUAGACUUCUUUCUGUUUCACAAACCAAGUUUAAGUGCUGUUAAUGAUGCUUUUGGAGUCUUAUAGGGGAAAGUAUAUUUCACUCUUUAGAGAAAAGUGUAUUUGACAACUGGAUCAAUCCAUCAAUGUUCCACGAAGUAAAGCAAACAGAAAUCACGUCAAUAUACUUGGGGGCUUUUUCUCCAGCCCCACUCUGCAUCCUUUACUCAUGGAAGCAACUGCUGCUCUGGCUAGUCCCCAGAGCCUGACCUCAGCUGUCCUCAGAUGUUACCUGUUCUCCCCACCAGACCCAAGUUGCAGAGGUGGGUCUGGUGAAGUCAGUGACCCUGCCUAGGUAGGCAGAGUUGCAGGAUCACACCCCUAGUUGUUGACUUUGGCUUCCUUACGGAAGUCCAGCUAGCACUGUAUCCUCUAAGAGCAAAACAUACAUUUGCCAACACCCAAUUUGGUCACUUACCCAUCAAACUGUUGUGUUCCGGGAUCCUCUCAUCCUGCAGCAUUGCCCUCAGCACAAACUGCAGCUAAAAGAGCGCUGUCUCAAAGGAGACUACUCAGUGAAUUGGCUUAGUUGUAACUGUAUUGGACUUGUAUCUUAAUGUUGACUCAUGUUAUGACUGUGUGAGACAGCAGCUUUCCAAGCAUAACAUCUGUAUGUACAGUGUAGACAGAAGAACAACCUCCUAAUGCUUUUUUUAAUAAUUAUUACUAUUCUAAGUGUACUGAGUUUUUAUUUUGUGGUUCUUUGCCCUACGUGUGCCAGGUUGUGUGGCUUUAUCGACGACAACUGUCAUGUGCUUUAUUGGCUGAUAUUGUUUGUUCUCGCUGAAAAAAAAAUGACCAGCUGUUCACACCUGUUAAAAAAAAAAAAAAGUGUGGGGAAGCAGCUUCUCAGAAGCACUAAGUGAUAAUGUGUUCUUCUGUGCUAACGUUUACACUAGAGGUGUGCGCUGGUGGUUUUUUGAGGCACUCAAGUAGAUCAGCAUCUUGAACCCUGGAGGAGGAAUCAGCUCCCUCUCUCCACUUUCUUCCAUCUUCAGACUGUGCUCAUGGACUGUCGCCCACUCGCCACAAAGUCUUGCUUUUAUCCUCCUCAUGCAAACUAUUGUAAUUGUAGCCAAGCUACUGAGGAGGAACUGCAUAUAGCAUGUGCCAUGUUUGUUGAAAAUACUUUUUUCCCCCGCAUGUACAAAGAAAAACUAGUAUAUAAUGUAGGAGAAUAUUUAUGUUUAGGUAUUAAUCAUUACUGUACAAAAUCCUUACCUUUAAAUGUUCAAAAAUAUACAAAUGCCAUAAACUCCUAGUUCACACGGUUGAAAAAGGGGGAGGAGUUGUCCUUUCUUUUUAAAAGAGCUUAACCUAAAAAUAUCUGAACCCCCUCCCAACCAUCCUUUGCAGGUAACUUCACUGAGAAGCUCUUUGGUGGGGGGGUGGGAUUUGAUUUUCCUUUUAAUUCGUUGACGUUGCAAAGCAGUUCUGUGCUUCGCAGAGAAGUUUUGUUUCUAUGAGACCAUGGUGAAAGCUAGAAUUUAAAACUAAAUGUGAAUCACAUUAUAGAGUCAUAGCUACUUGGGGGGGUUAGGGGUGGGUGGGAGG